AUGGCUGUCGGUAUUGUGAACGGUUCUAGCGGCAAGUCCGCCUUGCCGCUGCUGCGCGAAAAGUCCAAGGACCAUGAUCUCGUCCUGAAAACGUUCCGCAUGCUCAUUGCCGAUCUCUGCCAGCAGUUCGGCGGUGGUCACCCUGGAGGAGCCAUUGGUAUGGCUGCCAUCGGUGUCGCGCUCUGGCGAUAUGUCAUGCGCUACGCUCCUCAUACUCCCGACUACUUCAAUCGAGAUCGAUUCGUCCUUUCCAACGGCCACACCUGUCUCUUCCAAUACACCUUCUUGCAUCUCACCGGAUACAAGGCUAUGACCUUUGAGCAGCUCAAGUCUUACCACUCGGAUCGGACGGAUGCGCUCUGUCCCGGUCACCCAGAAAUCGAGCACGACGGCAUCGAAGUCACCACUGGCCCUCUGGGACAAGGAGUCGCCAAUGCGGUUGGACUGGCCAUGGCCACGAAGAACCUGGCAGCGAAGUUCAACCAGCCGGGAUACGAUCUCGUCAACAACCACACCUGGUGUAUGAUCGGUGACGCCUGUUUGCAAGAGGGUGUUGGCUUGGAGGCCAUCUCGUUCGCCGGUCACCUCAAGCUUAACAACCUGACUGUUAUCUACGACAACAACCAGAUCACCUGCGAUGGAUCGGUCGACCUGACCAACACAGAGGAUAUCAACGCGAAGAUGCGCGCAUCCGGCUGGGAUGUCAUUGAUGUUGAGGACGGGUGCUUUGAUAUCGAGGGCCUCGUGCAGGCCUUGGAGCGUGCUCGUGCUGCCACGGACAAGCCCACCUUUAUCAACGUCCGCACUGUGAUCGGACUAGGUAGCAACGUGGCCGGCCAGGCUGCCGCUCACGGUGCUGCUUUUGGCGCACCCAACGUUGCUCAGAUGAAGAAGGACGUUGGAUUUAACCCGGAUGAACUAUUCGUCAUUGGAGAGACUGUGCGGAAUUUCUUCCAGGAUCUUCCCACCCGUGGAGAGUCCCUAGUACAGGAGUGGAAGGAUCUCGUUCAGAAGUAUACGGCCGACUUCCCCGAGCUGGGAGCCGAGUUCCAGCGCCGGGUGAACGGUGAACUGCCCUCCAACUGGAAGGAAUUGAUUCCGACCAGCUUCCCAGACAAGCCGACGGCCUCUCGCGCGGCAUCCGGUCUUGUCUUCAACCCCAUUGCCAAGGAGUGCGAGUCAUUUAUGGUCGGCACCGCUGAUCUGUCGCCGUCCGUCAACAUGAUCUGGCCUGGCAAGGUUGAUUUCCAGCAUCCUGAUCUACGCACCACUUGCGGAAUCAAUGGAGACUACUCCGGUCGUUACAUCCACUACGGAGUGCGCGAGCAUGCCAUGGGAGCUAUCUCUAAUGGUCUCGCUGCCUACGCCCCUAACACCAUCGUUCCCGUCACCUCGUCCUUCUUCAUGUUCUACCUCUACGCCGCCCCCGCUGUGCGCAUGGGCGCCCUACAGCACCUCCAGAUUAUUCACGUUGCUACGCACGACUCCAUCGGCAUGGGCGAGGACGGUCCGACGCAUCAGCCCAUCGAGUUGGCCGCUCUGUACCGCGCCAUGCCCAACCUGCUGUACAUCCGACCCGGCGACAGCGAGGAGACGGCAGGCGCCUGGAUUGCCGCCAUCGAGGCCAAGAAGACACCCAGCAUUAUCUCCACCUCCCGACACACUCUCCCUCAGUUGAAGCAAACUCGCCGCGACGGCGUCCUCCGCGGUGCCUACGUCCUCGAGGAAGCCGAGGACGCAGCAGUCACGCUCAUCGGAGUAGGCGCGGAGUUAUCUUUCGCCCUUGACGUGGCGAAGCAGCUCAAGGAGAAGGGCAUCGUGGCACGAGUGAUCAGUUUUCCGUCUCAGCGACUCUUCGAGCGCCAGUCCCUCGAAUACAAGCGGUCCGUCCUGAAGCGCGGAACGCCAGCCGUGGUCAUCGAGCCCUACGCGCCGAACGGAUGGGAGCGAUACGCCACGGCAGGCGUCUCUAUCCAGCGCUUCGGACACAGCUUGCCGGGCAAGGCGGCCUACAAGUACUUCGGAUAUGAAAUUGAUGUAUUGACAGGCAAGGUGUCUGAUUAUCUCGAUCGCGUGGCGAAGGACGAGUUCUUGCAGGGGGAGUAUGUGGACUUAUAA